AUGAUAGUAGUAGUACUACCUGAGACAGCUUCAGUGUGCAAUUUCUUGCUGGGUACUUUUAGGGGCAGACAAAACACAUGCAGGCUACAACCCGUUUUCGGAAUGUUUAAGGCUAUUUGGUUCUUUUCCUUGUUACUCUUUCUCCUCUUCUUUCUCAAAUCUGGUAGUGAGCUUCUAAAAAACUUACCACGUCAACCAAGCAAUGUUUCUUUUAAACAGUACUCUGGUUACAUUGUAACAGAUGCGAAAGAGGGUAGAGAUUUGUUUUAUUACUUUGUUGAAGCGGAGACAGCUAAUCCACUUUCACUUCCCUUGACCUUGUGGCUCAAUGGAGAAUCAAAUAUGUUAUUUGUCGAAUCGCCGAUUGGAAUUGGAUUUUCAUACUCGAACACGAGCUCAAAUUACGAAUUUUCGAAUGACACGACAACUGCUGAAGAUAAUUUGAAGUUUCUUGUAAAUUGGUUGGAAGAAUUUCCAGUGCAUAAGGAGUCUCAACUGUUUGUAGCAGGAGAGAGUUAUGCUGGCAAUUUUAAUGUUAAUACUUAUAUUUGCAGGCCACUAUAUUCCUCAGCUUUCAGCUUGAAUAGUGGACUUGGAAAUCCACUUCUAGACUUGGACAUAAGUGUUCUAGCUGGGGAUUACUUGUGGGCUCAUGGAGCCAUAUCGGAUGAAACAUUAAUGUUGGAUAAAACAGUUUGCAAUGAUUCCAAGAAUAUUCGCGAAUACGUUCAUGAUCUUCGGUCUCAAGGAUGUAAUGAUGUGUUUAAUCGAGUUGCAGAUGAAAUUGGUGAUGAUGUUGCUCGCGUUGAUCUCCUUUCUCCUAUUUGCUUGUCUACAACCUCCAUGGAGCAAUUUAAACCUAAGGGGAAGCAUUGGAAGAUACAUGCUACUAUAUGCCCUAAUUGCUUUCCAUUUUUAUGGCCAUUUGUGUAUCAAGAAGACAAUCUGGACAUGAAUCUAAUUCCACUAAUUGCAGAGCUACUCAAAGAGCGCAUUCCUGUCUUGCUUUACAGGUGA